AUGAGUAUAAAUAAUAUGCUAUAUAAUUGUUCCAUAUUUAUUUUCAAAUUAACACAAAUUGUUAUAAAUUUGUUAAAAUUCAAUCUAAAAGACUUAAUGCAAUUUAGACACAGGAAUUGUGUGAAUGUGUUGUAUCACAGUGAAAAUUUCUUAGUAGUAUCUAAACCAUAUGAUAUGUAUAUCAAUAGCAAUAAUCCUGAAAAAAAGGAUACUCUUCAAUCAGAAUUAAAAAAAAUUUUACCAAAUCUGGCUAAUCCAAGUUUAUUCCAUGAAUUUCAUUUUGUACACAGAUUGGAUUAUGCAACAAGCGGUGUUAUAUGCAUUGCUUUAAAUAAAAAAGCAGCAAGGGCUGCUUCAAAUGCAUUUGAAAUACGAACAGCAAAAAAAUUUUAUUUAGCAUUACUCCAUGGCCACAUCAAUGAACCUUAUGUUGUUAUAGAUAAAGCAAUCGGAAUUGAUAUAAGAGAAAAGAUGGGAAAUCAUAAGAUGUGUGUUAGUGAUAAUGGUUUUUGUGAAAAACCAAGAAAGUCUUGUACAAUACUUGUAGUAUUAGAACAUGGUUUCAGAAAUGGAAAGCCAGCUACUAAAGUAUUGUUAUGUCCAGAAACUGGUAGGAGACACCAAUUGAGAGUACAUUGUUCUUACAUUGGUCAUACAGUAAUAGGAGAUUAUACAUACAGUGAAAGAAAAGAUGUAGAACCUUAUCGAACAUUUCUACAUUCUUUGAGGUUGAUAUUGAACAAUGAUGUUGAAAACUUAGAUGUAAAGAGUAUAGAUCCAUUCCAAGCCUCUGACCCAAGAAAUCAAUGGUUACCAACAAACAUUGCUAGAGUUUUAGAUGACAGGAUAUUUUUUGAUGUGUAUAACCUUAUGCAAUAA